UUCCGAAUGGCAGCUUUGCUGAAGAAAAGGGCCGUUGCCGAAUUUAGCCAAGUUAUCCAGGAGGAACCUAGACCUAUCAAAAAGUUAAAGUUAGUUCAGAAACCUUUACUGCAAGAAGUCCACCUAGAUCUUACAGUCGGGACCAGCACACAGGAGGCUGUCAGUAGUCUUAUACACUUAGAACGUCAGUUGUCACAGAUUGGAGAAAAUGUUGUCAAUAUUGUUAGACAGUUGAUAGAUCAUUAUCACAGAGAGAAGGAAUCAGUUGUUCGAUGGAAAAUUGCACACAUCCUUGGAUUGUUGUCUAAACACCCACAAUGUGCAGGAGAUUCUGUAGUAGAGGAGAUUAUAUCACUCCUCAAAACAGAAAAAUCACACAAGGUUGUUGGACAGUUGAUACAAAGUUUACAGACAGUUGGGUUAUCUGCCCCUGACAAUAGAGAUCUGCAUCUUAAGAUAGUACAGCUUGCUAGAGAGCACUCAAAACAUGCACAUCAUGUAGUAAGAUCUAGCUGUUUAAAUUUGAUUGGUGCUGUUGGAUCCCACGAUACGAUUUCUAAAGAUACUGAUCAAUCAGAGGAGCAUGUAUCUGUACAGACCCUAGUAAUAUCAUUUACACAAGAUCAGGACCCCAGAGUUAGGUCUAGUGCCUUCAGAGCUGUGCAACAGUUACACCAAAGAGGCCAGUCUAUAGAUUUAUCAGUAUAUGAUCGUGCAUGUAAGGCUUUAACAGAUGAUUAUGAAGACGUGAGAACAGCUGCUGUCAAACUUGUGUGGAUUUUAAGUCAUCUCUAUCCAGAAAGUAAGGUUCCAGUUCCAGAAUCUGAUGACGAGAUAAGACUUGUUGAUGAUGGUUUUGCCAAGAUCUGUAAUAUGAUGAAUGAUAUAUCAAUGAAAGUCAGAGUGGAAGCUGCAACAUUACUGGGAUCUUUACAUCAAGUGAGCCCCAAGUUUUUAGAACAGACACUGGACAAGAAACUUAUGUCAAACAUGAGGCAAAAGAAGAGUGCCCAUGAGAGAGCAAAGGACCACUAUGCCUCUGGAGAAUGGUCCUCAGGUCAAAAGUGGGCUGAUGAUGCUCCAAAAGAUGAAGUAGCUCCAGAAUCUGUAACAUUAAUGAACAUGGGAGCUUGUGGAGCAUUUGUACAUGGAACAGAGGAUGAAUUUCUUGAGGUGAGGAAUGCAGCAUUAGAUUCACUGUGUGAGUUAGCAGCACAGUCUCAGGAGUUUGCUAUUUUAUCUCAGGACAGUAUUAUAGAUAUGUUUAAUGAUGAGAUAGAAAGUGUACGACUCAAUGCUAUCAACAGUCUGAGGAAACUUAGUAAUCAUGUGACCUUACGUGAAGAUCAGUUGGAAAUCAUACUUGGAGUAUUACAGGAUUUCUCCACUACUUCAAGAGAGGCUUUACGAGACAUGUUAUGUGAUGUAAGAGUGUCAACAAAAGAAAGCUUGAAUGCAUGUAUUGUAGGUCUACUAGAUAACCUUAGGAGAUAUCCACAAGAUAAAAGAUCUGUUUGGAAAUGCAUGAAGUUUUUAGGAAAACAUCAUCCACAUUUGACCUUACCACUGGUACCUACACUUCUGUGUCUUCAUCCUUACUUUGAUACACCAGAACCAGAUAUGGAUGAUCCAGCAUACAUAAGUGUGUUAUUGAUGGUAUUUAAUGCUGCCUCCAGUUGUCCUACUAUGAUGACCAUGUUUGAGGACUACACUUGGCAACAUUAUACAUAUCUCAGAGAAAGUUUACCAGAUCUUGUUCCAGUGUUGAAGAAUCAAAAUGAAGACAAAGAUGAUGAUUUACCAGGAUCAUCCAGUAGUGUGUCAAGUUUUAUACAACAGAUCACACAACAGGUGGAAAAUAUCUGUUCUAUGGAAAAUAAUACAGCCCAACAAAUGUUACAAGUUAUAGUCAAAGAUCUGUACAAGAUAUCUGAACUAGAUAGUAGAAAUUCUGCAUCUGCUGAAUGUAUUGGUAACUUUCUACAGAGUCAACUGUUGUUAACACAGUUGAUGACUAAACAAACAGUUUCUAGUAGUUGUAUAAUGGACAACCAUACUCUUGCUACUGUUGAAAAGAUUUUGGAGUUAACUAAAAUAUGUCAGCACAUUUUUGUUGGAUUGGGUAUAUCAGAAAUAGGACUGAUUAGACAGACAGAGCUGAAGGCUGUCACAAUACAAAUCUUAACUCUGAUGAAAGCUGACAUGAAAAAUGAGAAACAGCAGGACAUGAAACAGAAUUAUAUUAAACUCAUUAAAAAUCUCAAAAGUUACUUAUCGUCAAGUCAGUGUCAUCCAGAUGCUUUCACAACUUACAUUUUCUCUGUCGUUGAUGACCUUGACAUAAAUGGUCUCCCAGAAUUCAUCACUAGUUUACAGCAUGCUACAACCAUGAUAAAGCCAUCAGCCUUUCCCAUAGUAAAUAAAAUCAGAAAAAUAACAGCAGUGAUAAAUGAACCAACUGGUCCAACAGACAAACCAUUAAAAUUCACUGCAGGAUUAACAUUAGCUGUUCCUGUAGAUAUUAUGUUAGAAAAUGUACCUUGUACCAGUAAUAUUAGAAUUAAGAAAAAGUUUGCAGACCAAACAGUCCAGCUGUUUACACCAAAAUCGAGUGAUUUUCAUAAGUUAGGACCACUGAGACACAGAUUAGUCACACAAGUACUAAUGUCCCAUUCUUUGUGGACAGAACCAACCAAUGUGGAGCUGUGUGUUUCCAUGGAGACUGCAUCCAAUCAAAAGUUCAAGGACACAUCACAUGACAAUGUGAAACAGACUAUUGAUUUGAGUAAACCUGUUCAAGUGUAUGUAUCACCAAAGCAAGUAAAAAGAUGAGACAUACAUCAGAAUGGAAUGAGGAACAUUAUUGUGCAAUCCUAGUGAGCCAUGAUGUAGUUAUUCGUUUAAUUACAAAAGGAAAAAUACAAUUUUUGUUAUGAUAGAGACAAUGAGUGUAUUAAAAGGAUGUCAAGGGGGAAGAGUUGUAAUUGAAAGUACAUUAUAAAAGAAUCUGGAAUACUAUUCAGCUUUAGAAUAAUAAAAAGAUAAAUACCAAUCUU